AUGCCCCUGCCAGCGCUGCUCUCCUCCAACGAUAGGUCGACAUAUUCCCUUGCAUCGUCCUCGGGCAAGGCACGCUCUGUCCCGGCCGUCGACGGCGAUAUCCCGCCUGAGUACAUCCACGACGAGGCCCAGCUGCCCUGCAUCCCGCCCGAACGACCGGACCUGCGCGAGCUAAACUGCUGCCUCGAGGCCCUCGCGGCGGUGUUUCCCGAUAUCCAGAUCGAGGUCUUUCGAGAGCUGCUAGGUAAUUUCGAUGGCGAGUCGAGGCUCGCUUUGGUGGCCGAUGCGCUGCUGAAGAACCGCGCUACAUGGGUCAAGGGCAGAUGGAAAGUUGCCGGCCCUGAGAAGCCCACGGUUGGCGCCGUCAGUCGGCUCGUACCAAGAGCGGAGAUCUUUCGGAGUGAGGGCUACAAGAAUGCUGUGCGGACACUUGCGUGGCAAGAGUUUAAAGGCUUGUCAAAGUCUACAAUCAACGCGGUACUGGCCGAGUCCAACUACUCGUACCUGGACGCUCGGAGGACGCUUGUGACGCUGUCGUCCAAGUCAUGGCGCUUCACACUCUCGUCGUUCAUCAUGAGGCGCAAGCCUGUGGCGACGGGCGAGGCAGACAACCACCCUCUUGUCCGCUGGCGCACGACCAGCCAAGGCUCGAGCAUACCCACGAUACGAUCUACGGGAAACGCUGAGCUUGACCGGGAACUCUACGAUGCUCUCGUCCGACCGCUGAAGGAAAAGGACAGGGAAGAGCGAAUCGCCAAAGACCGGGCCACGGCGAUGCGGCUGAACAAUGACGAAGCCGAAGAAGCAGGCGCAGUUCACGAGUGCAUGUGCUGCUUCACCACAGCCCCAUUUGAGGAGUUUACGCACUGCAACAAGGACGCACACAUGAUUUGUUUCCGCUGCGUCCAGCUCUCCCUCAAGGAGGCCGUCUUCGGCCAGGGCUGGCAGAGCAGUAUCAUCCCCGAGACCGGGACGCUGAGGUGCAUGGCUGUCGGCCAUGAUCAGUGCCCAGGCUACAUCUCGUCUGAACACAUGUGCAGAGCCAUGUUGGAAGAGAAGAAGGGUGCCGAGAUUCUGCAUCAGCUAGACCAACGCCUUGCGGAACACGCCUUGAUUGCCGCGAGACUAUCGCUGGUACACUGUCCGUUUUGCAGUUACGCAGAGAUUGAUGACAUUUAUUUGCCAUCCGAGAGGGCGAGAAUGCGAGUUCGGAUUUCUGGUGUUCUUCACCUACUGUUUCUCUUCCUUUGCUUCAUUUGCGUUGUUCUCAUCCUUCCUCUGGCUGUGCUCUGCUUCGGGGCCGUGUUGGCAUUUACCUCCUGGGGACGGGUCUGUAUGCGGAUAUCGACAGAGUGGAAGCACGCCAUGGGGAGACACACUCGUCGCCGACGCGGUCUCCAGUUCGCCUGUCAGAACCCUAAAUGUGGCCGAGUGUCCUGCCUCUCGUGUAGCAAGGUCUGGACGGAUAUCCACGUCUGCAACGAGUCGUCUCUGGUUGCGCUACGAACGCAGGUCGAGCAGGCCAUGAGCAUGGCCAUCAAGCGGGUUUGCCCUCGUUGCAACACGUCAUUUGUCAAGAACGCAGGCUGCAACAAGCUCACAUGUCCCUGCGGCUACAAGAUGUGCUACGUAUGCCGUGCCGAUCUCACCGAGGAAGGGUACCGACACUUUUGCGACCACUUCCGACCCGACGGCGACCCGCGGCCAUGUCUGGAGUGCGACCGAUGCAAUCUGUGGGAGUCAGAGAACGUUGACCAGGUGCUGCAGGAGGCCCGCGAAGAGGCAGAACGAAAGUGGAAAGACACAGAGAAGAGAGACCUCUCGGCGCCGGAAAAGGCGUUUCUGGAGACGGGCAUAGCAGCACGGCUGAGCAGCAUGGGGAGUAUUGAGCAAAUCGUGUCGGCAGGGCAAUUACCCUCGCUCGGAGAGUUUUUGGAUGUUGUGGUUGAGACGCUUUUUGUGUGA